ACUGGGUGGCUCGACCUGGAUGGGCGGGCGCGGGGGCGGGCCACGUGUGGCGACCUACGAAACGGUAACACAGCCUUGGAACCGGUCGAGAGGGGCUGAGCGGCGUUAGUCCGGUCUCGGAGAGGACAUGGCAGCUGUGGGGCCCAACCUGGGCCGAGUCCUCCCCGGAUCAUCCAUCCUAUUCCUGUGCGACAUGCAGGAGAAGUUCCGCCAUGUUGCAUACUUCCCCCAGAUUGUCUCUGUGGCUGCCCGCAUGCUCAAGGUGGCCAGGCUCCUGGAGGUGCCUGCUGUACUGACAGAGCAGUAUCCAACAGGCCUGGGCCCCACGGUGCCUGAGCUGGGGGCUGGAGGCCUGCGGCCAGUGGCCAAAACUUGCUUCAGCAUGGUCCCCGCAGUGCAGCAGGAGCUGGACAACCGGCCCCAGCUGCGUUCUGUGCUCCUCUGUGGCAUCGAGGCACACGCCUGCAUCCUGAACACAGCCUUGGACCUCCUGGACCGCGGGCUGCAGGUCCACGUGGUGGUGGACGCUUGCUCCUCUCGCAACCAGGUGGACAGGCUGGUGGCACUGGCCCGGAUGCGGCAGAGUGGGGCCUUCCUCUCCACCAGCGAAGGGCUGAUUCUGCAGCUCGUGGGUGACGCUGCCCACCCCCGGUUUAAGGAGAUCCAGAAGAUCAUCAAGGAACCUGCCCAGGACAGUGGGCUGCUAGGCGUCUUCCAAGGCCCCAACCCCCUCUUCCGCUGAACUCCUCACCCCAAGACCACCCUUCUGUCAACGGGACCUCAGUGGAAUCGCUUCGCCCCCAUCCUUGGCUCCCAAGAGUGGUGCAUUCCACCGGGAGUACCAGCCCCUCGGGAGGGGAGGUGGAGCGCUACCUUGCCAUUGGUCCAAAGCGCCCGGAAAUGCAAAUAAGACUCCUGGAAGCUGGGUUGCGGUUGGCUGAGCUGAGCUGGGGGCGGGGCUAGGCCCCGGGCCACUUCACGGGGUGGGGAGGGGCGGGGGAGGGAGUGUCACAGGCUGUGGAACCCGGACUUGCAGAAUAAACACUGAUGUGGCUGUGGACCGAA